AUGGUCAUUUUUGUUGGCCUCAUCAUCCCGCUUCCCUUCACCGUGAAGAAGAAAUUGUUUACUUUCAUCUCCGAAAGCCCAGUUAUUGCGAAGCUCCAGUAUGGCAUGAAGGAAGAAACAGGACAGGAACUGACACACAUGGUGCCUUACAAGAUUACCUUUAUCUUCAUCCUCAUCCUCUUCAUCGACAGCGUUAACAGAGUCUACCGUGUGCAACUCGAGUUAUCCGCAUACUCAAAGGAACUGGGUGGAGCCGGAAGUGCCGCCCUAGGAUCUGAACGGAUGGAGGUCCAAGCACGUAAAUUCUACUCUCAGCGCAACAUGUACCUCUGCGGGUUUACGCUUUUCCUCUCCCUCAUCCUCAACCGCACUUAUACAAUGAUCCUCGAGGUACUGCGCUUGGAGGACAAAGUGAAACAACUACAAGGCGACAAGAGGGCUGGUGGCAAGGAGUCCGCUAAAUUGGCUGAGGCGGGCGAUGCUGGUGAAAUUGGCCGUCUGCGCAAGGAACUCGCAGCCCGAGAGAGAGAUAUCGAUGCGCUCAAGAAACAGGCUGAGGGCUUGUCGAGGGAAUACGAAAAGUUGAGUGAUCAGGUCUCGAGCCAGAACCCUGAUCCGACGCCGAAGAAGGACCGGUAA